UGUGCGACAGCCGCUUGCAAGGCAAGGAGGAAGCUGGUUUAGAGCGUCUUCGCCUUGUUUAAAGGCAGGGUUGGUUGCUGCCUUGCACUCUUCAGAUUCCAGUUCCCUUCUCCGCCCCUCUAGUGGUCGGGACAGCGGGUUUGGGGAGAGGGAAAGCAUUCCGGGAGCAGACUGAGGGAUUGACCUAAGUUUGGAGUUUAGAUGAGAUCGUAGUCUCCUUUCUCUUACCCCCCACCCCCCCACUCCCUUGAGCCCCGUUCUUGCCAGCAGCAGCCUCCAGGUGUACAGUUCAGGCAGGAGGAGGGGACGCUCCCGGCUGCAUUGGCGUCCAACAUGGAUAGAGAAAUGAUACUGGCUGAUUUUCAGGCAUGUACUGGAAUAGAAAAUAUUGAUGAGGCUAUCACCUUACUUGAACAAAAUAACUGGGAUUUAGUGGCAGCUAUCAAUGGAGUUAUACCACAGGAAAAUGGCAUUUUAGAAAGUGAAUAUAGUGGAGAGUCUUUACAAAGGCCUGCCUAUGGUCCCGCUAGUCACCCUUCGUCAUCAUCUUCAGCACCUUCCUCCUCUUCUGCAUUUCGCCAUGUAGUGCCAUCCAGACAAAUAGUGGAAAGACAACCACGAAUGCUGGACUUCAGAGUGGAAUACAGAGACCGAAAUGUGGAUGUGGUGCUUGAAGACAGUUCUACUGUUGGAGAGAUCAAACAUAUUUUAGAAAAUGAGCUUCAGAUUCCUGCAUCAAAAAUGUUGCUAAAGGGCUGGAAGACUGGAGAUGUAGAUGACAGUACUAUUCUAAAAACUCUACACUUGCCCAAAAACAACAGCCUCUAUGUCCUAACGCCCAACUUGCCGCUACCAUCUUCAUCAAGUCUGCCAGGUGCCCUGCAGGAAUCAUUAAAUCAAAACUUCAUGCUGAUCGUCACCCAUCGAGAAGUCCAGCGGGAGUACAACCUCAACUUCUCAGGAAGCAGUACCAUUCAGGAGGUUAAGCGAAAUGUGUAUGACCUGACUAGUAUCCCUGUUCGCCAUCAGUUGUGGGAAGGCUGGCCUGCUUCUGCUACAGAUGACUCAGUAAGUCACAAUUACUUCAGCAUUACUAUUAUUUGCAAUUUUGUGUAUAGCAUGUUACAAAAUAGUUGUGACACUUUUUUUUUUAAAGUUCACUUAGAUUCUGAGGGCAAAGAAAGGCUGUUCACCGCAGUACAUUUGGCAGAAGAGUGCCAUACUGGUAUUUUCAAGGAAAGUAGCUAG